AUGGAGUUAAAUACAUAGUAGUUAUCUGAAAUUAAAUAGGAACUUUAGAAAUUUUCUUCUGUGUCAAUAUUAAAAUCUUACAAAUUAAUUACUUAAAUUUACAAAAGCGAUAUUGAGACUUAAGCCUUAAUUGAUAGUCAGAUAACAAAAAGCAUUGUACGAAUUGGAUAAAAAAAAUAUACAGAAGAUGAUGAAGAAAAAUAUGCUAAGGCUAUUAAAAUAUGUCGUAAAUUAGUGAAAUAAUGGAAAUAAUUAAUUUUAACAAAUGAUCAAGCUGCAACUGAUGAAAUUAAAAAAAAUGAUCAUUUGAAAGAUGUACAAAGAAAUAUCUAAAAAUAAAAAUAAAUACAAAAAGAUGAUGAUGCUAUAAUAAAAAAAAAAGUAAAACAAGAACCAGAAAAAAAAGAGAUUAAACCAAUCUAGCAUAAAAAUGGAAAUUAAAUUAAUGCCAAGUUAUAAAAUAAUAAUAGUUAAAAUGGAAUUGGUGAACCAGUAGAUGAUGAUAAGAGAAAAAAAGCAAUUGAAGGCUUAAAAAAAUAUUUCCUCUCAUCGACAGAUAAUGAAAACGUAGAAUGGUCUAAAACAAUUGAAUAAACAAUUUAUGAUCUUUAUAAAUAAUCUGUAUAGAAUUACAUGGAUAAAGUUAAAUCAGUUGUUAAAUUGAUUGAUAGAAAUGCAGAAUUCAGAUAAAGAUUACUUAAUGGUGAGUAUGAUCUUGUGUCUGAAAUUAAAAAAUUAAAAUGA